CCUUCCUGCAGCCGGCAGCCUUUUUGCUGAGGACGUUAGCCCAUUGUUGCCAGCCAACAGCCCAAAGUUUCCCCGGAGCCUGGAGCAGUUCGUGCGCCAGCGCCCGAGAUCUGGACCAAUGUGCGCGGCUUGUGCCUAGCCCACCCGGACGCCCUCCCCCGUGGAGCCUGCGGCUGGCCAAUGACAGCCUGGCCCUCGUGUCUUGGCUUUCUCCCCUCCCCUGUUGCUGCUCCCUAGCCCACUCUGCCCCGCCCACCCCUCUCCAGCUCCACAAGCCUCCCGCAAAGCUAGCUCCAGGAGCGCACAGCACAGCAGAGUCUCUGCGAGCUGUGCCGGCAGCCUGCGCUCCCCGCCCCGGUCCUGGAUCAGCUGCUUGCGGCCUGAAGUGGCUUCUGACCCUGGAGACCAUAGUUCAGAGGAACUACAUCCCCGAAGGGAACCAGUGCGGGAGAAGACAUAGCAAGGGCGAGCCAUGGACCCCGUGAGCCAGCUGGCCUCAGCGGGCACCUUCCGGGCACUGAAGGAACCCCUUGCCUUCCUGCGAGCCCUGGAGUUGCUUUUUGCAAUCUUUGCAUUUGCAACAUGUGGUGGCUAUUCAGGAGGCCUGCGGCUGAGUGUGGACUGCGUCAACAAGACAGAAAGUAACCUCAGCAUUGACAUCGCAUUUGCCUAUCCGUUCAGGUUGCACCAGGUGACCUUUGAAGUGCCCACGUGUGAGGGCAAGGAGCGGCAGAAGCUGGCGCUGGUUGGUGACUCCUCGUCCUCAGCAGAGUUCUUCGUCACCGUGGCUGUGUUCGCCUUCCUCUACUCUCUGGCCGCCACCGUCGUGUACAUUUUCUUCCAGAACAAGUACCGCGAAAACAACCGGGGCCCGCUCAUUGAUUUUAUCGUCACUGUAGUCUUUUCAUUCUUGUGGUUGGUGGGGUCCUCUGCCUGGGCAAAAGGACUGUCUGAUGUCAAAGUGGCAACAGAUCCCAAGGAAGUCUUGUUACUGAUGUCAGCUUGCAAGCAGCCCUCCAACAAAUGCAUGGCUGUCCACAGCCCUGUCAUGUCCAGCUUAAACACAUCUGUGGUCUUUGGGUUUUUGAACUUUAUCCUCUGGGCUGGAAACAUCUGGUUUGUUUUCAAGGAGACCGGCUGGCAUUCCUCGGGACAGAGGUACCUUUCAGACCCCAUGGAGAAGCACUCCAGCAGCUAUAAUCAAGGCGGGUACAAUCAGGACAGCUAUGGGUCAAGUGCUGGGCACAGCCAGCAGGCAAGUCUGGGGCCAUCUUCUGACGAGUUUGGCCAACAGCCUGGUGGUCCCACUUCCUUUAACAAUCAGAUAUAACCGAGUGUCAGCCAAAUUAUUCUGCCGAUAGCCUCACCACCUUCCAUUUCAGUAGCAGAAGAAUUUUUUAAGAGUUUCGAUCAAUUAUUAAUGCAGAGAAUGUUGAAUGCAAAUCAGAGACCUGUAGUCCUCAUUAAGGCAGAAAGACCCGCGUGGUGAUAAAUGGUACUUAGAAAUGAGAUGUCAGGAGGAAAUAUAUUAUUCAUCACAGAUGGUAAUUAGAAGUACCUUGUUAAAUACACAAAUACUUUUAUGGUCAUUUUGUAUGUGCGUUGAAAUAGUAAAAGCAUUUUGUAGCUUAAAUUCUCUAGUAUGUAAUGUGUACAAAGUAACUUAAAUAUAUUGAGUUUUCCUAUCCGUUUUGAUGCAACAGAUGUUUUAAUGGUUUCUAGAAGACUAUUUGAUGAAUCACAGCAUGCAUGUGUUACUAUUUUUUAGUUUAGGUCCUUUAGGACUGUAAAUCUGUUUUAGAUAAUUAUUCUGUACUGUUUUCACCUGAUGAAACAAUGUUUAUAUGAUUUAAUGCAUGAACAAGCAUUUUUUCAUACAAUAAACAUUUGACUGUGUUUCUGGAGAUUUUUCAGUUUGCAUCAUGACUUUGUCAAGCAAGUGUUUAAGGACAUGUAUGUACUACUUUGUAGAUUUUGCAAGUUUGACUCUCUGACUUUACCCACGUUCUGACUGCAUUUUAACUGAGGUCUGGGAGGUUUCCCAAUGUACAUAGUCAGUGUUCUAUAUGGUAACUGCCCAAUAUUUAUUUGAUUUGCUUGAGUAAAUAUUCACAUUCUUGUAACUUUUUAUUGUGUUUUGUGGCCCUUAUCUUGUGAGCCACAAGUAAUAAGGCCAAUGACCCUGUGCUUGUAGGGUGGCAUUUUCUUAGCAUCAAGAGAGGCAGGUACCAUAGUUUAAAUAAUACUAAGAAAUGUGCUCUGUUGUCCUUUGUGGUGAGGCAAACAUUUAAUUUUGUUUAUUUUUGAAGCAAAUAUGUUGUUCAAUCCAAUUAUUAGAAAUGUCAAGUUAUAGCUUAACAGAAUUUACUGAUGUGCAUUUGUGUAUGCAUAAAUUAAGGAUGGCUCCCCUAUGCCGUUUUAUCCCAAAGAGGGUUCUCAUGAACGGUUGUCCAGAACAUAUUCAUUAUCAAGAAAAUGCCAAUCCUCAUUUCAGCAUCUUAACUCAGUUGAAACCACAAGGCCCAACAGGAAGGGCACGCUGAGCAUCUGUGUUUCUAGAUAAAGUUGAUGUACAAAUUGUGUGCUCCGUGAUGUUGGAAGCAGUUUAACACAAAAUAGCCUGUCUUGAAUACUAUCUGUAACAAGUUUCUGAAAUCCUGUUGGAUAUGUCUGUAUUGUGAUACCUAUUUGACCUCAAUAAAGUUGUUGCAUACACUAUGGCUGAACAG